GUUAGGGUUUUACCUUCUCCACAAAGGAAGAGACCAUACACAUCUGAGGUUAAAGAGACAGCAGCCGCAGCUGUCCGCCUUGACCGAGCGCCCUGCUUCGUCUUGGCCCUCUCAGUUUUACGAUUUUCUCCCAUUUCUACGAUUUUCUCCUAUUUCUAGGGUUAGGGUUAGGGUUUUUCUUUCGAAUUUCAUCAGAGUAAGAGAGAGAGGUAGAGAUGGCGGUGAAGGCCAAGGCAUCGAAAAUGAACAAGAAGGAAUUGUACAAUGUGAAGCUCUGCCAGCUCUUGGAUCAGUACAGUCAGGUACUGAUCGUCGCGUCCGACAACGUGGGGUCCAAUCAGCUCCAGAACAUCAGAAAGGGUUUACGUGGUGAUUCAAUCGUUUUGAUGGGGAAGAACACGAUGAUGAAGCGGUCCAUCAAGUUGCAUUCCGAUAAGACCGGGAACAAGGCCUAUCUUAAUCUCCUACCGUUGCUCGUGGGCAACGUGGGGCUGAUUUUCACAAAGGGUGAUUUGAAGGAAGUAAGCGAAGAGGUUGCUAAAUACAAGGUUGGAGCUCCUGCGCGUGUUGGACUUGUAGCUCCUAUCGAUGUCAUUGUUCCACCUGGCAACACAGGGUUGGACCCAUCUCAGACUUCGUUCUUCCAGGUGCUCAACAUCCCUACCAAAAUUAACAAGGGUACUGUUGAAAUCAUCACCCCUGUCGAGCUGAUCAGAAAGGGGGAAAAGGUGGGAUCUUCUGAGGCUGCCUUGCUUGCAAAGCUUGGGAUUAGGCCCUUCUCGUAUGGCCUUGUCGUCUUGUCUGUGUAUGACAAUGGCUCUGUUUUUAGCCCAGAAGUGCUGGACCUCACAGAGGACGAUCUGAUUGAGAAGUUUGCGAUUGGUGUUUCCAUGGUGACAGCAUUGUCUCUGGCCAUUUCUUACCCGACUUUGGCAUCCGCCCCCCACAUGUUUGCAAAUGCCUACAAGAAUGCUCUCGCCAUUGCACUGGCAACUGAGUAUUCAUUCCCGCAGGCAGAGAAAGUGAAGGAAUAUUUGAAGGAUCCAAGCAAGUUUGCUGUUGCUGCACCAGUUUCUGCUGGAGAAGCUGCUGCUCCAGCUGCAGCUUGUGCUGCAGAAGAAGAGAAGAAAGAAGAGCCGGCAGAGGAAUCAGAUGAUGAUAUGGGCUUCAGUCUCUUUGACUAAGUGCCUUAUUAGAUUUUGAGGUUGCAAUGCUUGAGUUCUAUUUUGAUACAUUUUAGUUCACUUUCGGUUUCUAAUAGUUUUAUGGGUUGGAUUGCAAUUUCAUUAUUAGUUAUAUUUUGCUGAACAUGUGCUUUUUUUU